GAGAUAAACCUCACGAACUCCGCCCGGAGGUUUUUGCUCCCCCGGUCCCUUUUCUAAAACCCAACAAAGAUAAAUCACCCCGUCUUUUUCCGACUUUUGUUUUAUAAAUCUCACUUCAUUCCAGACGCUCUCAGGGCAGAAAAACUCAACAAGAGUGAUAGAGAGAGAGAGAGAGAGAAGGGGAGGGAGAUGGGGAAGGGUGGUGAAGGAAGUGAUGAGAACGGGGAGAACAUGGCGGCCUGGCUGGUGGCUGUUGACACCAUCAAGAUCCAGCCUUACCAGCUCCCACCCCUUGGCCCUUGUGAUGUUCGGGUGCGGAUGAAGGCCGUGGGUAUCUGCGGAAGUGAUGUUCAUUACCUCAAGACCAUGAGCUGUGCCCAUUUUGUUGUCAAAGAGCCUAUGGUAAUCGGGCAUGAAUGUGCUGGGGUUAUUGAAGAGGUGGGCAGCGAGGUGACGUCCCUAGCUGUGGGUGACCGUGUGGCCAUAGAACCGGGGAUCAGCUGUGGACGCUGCAAGCACUGCAAGGGUGGCCGGUACAACCUCUGCCCGGACAUGAAGUUCUUUGCCACACCUCCUAUUCAUGGUUCCUUGGCUAAUCAGAUUGUGCAUCCUGCUGAUCUCUGUUUCAAGCUUCCAGACAAUGUAAGCUUGGAGGAAGGGGCAAUGUGCGAGCCCCUCAGUGUUGGGGUCUAUGCAUGUCGACGUGCUUUUGUUGGUCCGGACACAAAUGUGCUAAUUGUGGGAGCUGGACCAAUAGGCCUAGUCACAAUGCUUGCAGCUCGAGCUUUUGGUGCUCCAAAAAUAGUUAUAAUUGAUGUUGACGAUAAUCGUUUAUCAGUUGCAAAGACUCUUGGAGCAGAUGACACUGUUAAAGUUUCAACAAACAUGGAGGAUCUUGAUGAGGAGGUUAUUCAAAUACAGAAGGCUAUGGGUGCUGAUAUUCAUGCGACCUUUGACUGUGCUGGUUUUAGCAAAACAAUGUCAACCGCCCUUAAUGCUACUUGUGCUGGUGGCAAAGUUUGCCUCGUUGGAAUGGGCCAUAAUGAGCUGACCGUCCCCCUUACUCCUGCUGCAGCAAGAGAGGUGGAUGUCAUCGGUGUCUUCCGCUACAAGGACACUUGGCCUUUAUGCAUUGAGUUCCUGAGGAGUGGAAAGGUUGAUGUGAGACCUUUGAUAACUCACAGGUUUGGAUUCUCUCAGGAGGAGGUGGAGAAAGCUUUUGAGGUCAGUGCUCGUGGUCGUGAUGCAAUCAAGGUGAUGUUUAAUCUGUAGCCGUUAAGACAUCAGCAAUGAGUGUAGCGUCUGGGUCUGUGAAAUAAGUAGUAAUAUAAGAGAAUGGGUUGAUGUCGUAGGAUGAGUACUAUGGGGGUCAGUCUGCAGCAUUUGGGUCUGUGUUUUAGCCUGCAGCAUUUGGGUCUGUGUCUCAGGUACUUGUAUGGAAUAAUGGCUUCCAUGCCAUCAUAUGAUAAAUAAAAAUGAGUCUUGUCCCUGUGUUCAACGAAGGGUUUC